AUGUCUCCAACAGCAACAAUAGUCCAGUGUCUGGAUGGCUGCGGACGUUCCGGCACUUUGGUGACAAUCGAAGCGCUUCUAAUGCAUUUGCUUCGAGGUUCGGCACGAUACGAUAAGUUAGUGCUAACGACAUCAGUGUUCGUCCGGUUACAGCGUCGUCACGCAAUCUCAUCACCGUUACAUUAUUUGUUCAUUUAUCGCACACUGCUGCACUGGAUGCAACCAUAUAUCACCUCAGUGACCACUCGUUUUGUCCUUGGUCUCAUCUAUCCGGAAUGGGGAUUCGUUGGCAAAUACGAGAAGAUGAUCGCUUCUCGACAUAGGUUUUGA